AUGACAACGAUGGCGGAACUACCAUCUUCGACAAUAAAGGAAGCUGAAGAAAGGCCAAGCCCAUCAUCGAAAAAGAACGAAGAACAUGUCGUACCCAAAAACCGAAUGAGCAUUGUGUUCUUUGGCUUGAUGUGCACGGUAUUCUUGGCAGCUUUGGAUCAAACUAUCGUGGCCACAGCCUUGCCCACAAUCGUAGCUGAACUUGGAGGGGGUAAGAAUUACAGUUGGGUGGGAAGCGCAUACAUGUUGGCGUGCGCCUCUUUGGGCCCACUAUACGGCAAACUAUCCGACAUUUUAGGCAAGUGGCAUUCAAAUGCCAUGGACCGCCGCAAAUUCAUGCUAUAUGGAUGCAUCCUUAUAUUUUUAAUCGGUUCAGCGCUGUGUGGUGCAGCUCAGACUAUGACAUGGUUGAUUAUCUCUCGUGCUGUCCAAGGAAUCGGCGGCGGGGGCAUCUUACAACUCGUACAGAUCACUAUAUCCGACAUUGUUUCAUUGCAAGAGCGAGGCAAGUAUGGUGGCUUUGUUGGUGCCACUUGGGGAAUAGCAAGUGUCGUUGGACCGUUACUCGGCGGCGUUUUCACCGACCAUGUAUCUUGGAGGUGGUGCUUUUGGAUUAAUUUACCGACUGCCGGCUUGGCUGGGGCACUUCUUUUUUUCUUCUUGAAUUUGAAUCCGCACCAAGGAAGGCCGUUGCGCGAACAUAUCCAGGAAUUUGAUUUCGUUGGCCUUUUUGUGAUCAUCAUAGGUAUCGUUUGUCUGCUCAUAGGCCUCAACUCGAGCGAAACGACGUGGCAAAGCGCCGAAACCAUUGCACUCCUUGCUGUGGGAGGCAUGUUGAUCAUCAUCGGUGGCAUUAACGAGAUCUUCACGAAGCGGUCCCCCAUUAUUCCUCCUCGUCUUUUCAAGACACGUACAACGGGCUUGACAUUAGUUUAUGUCUUCUUGCAGUCCAUAGUGUUCUUCGCAGGUUCAUACUACCUUCCAAUGUACUACCAAGUUCUUGGCGCAUCAGCAACGAGUUCUGGUGUCAGAAUGCUUCCUUAUUCGUUAGGCUGUUCGGCUAUGUCAGCGGUUUCUGGAAUCGUUGUGAGUCGCACAGGGUCCUACCGGCCUAUCAUAUGGUUCGGAUGGGCUGCCAUGACCCUUGGUUAUGGCCUCAUGAUCAUGCUGGAUAAUACGACCACUAAUGCAGCGAAGGAAAUUUACCCCCUUAUUGCUUCCAUUGGUAUCGGCUGCUUGUUCCAGACCCCACUUAUCGCCAUACAAGCAGCCAUGCCUAUCAAGGAUAUGGCCACCAGUACAAGCGCUUAUAUGUUCCUCCGAACUAUUGGAAGUGCGGUGGGUAUCGCGAUGGGGGAAGCUAUCAUUUCCAGUAUCCUCCCACAGAAACUGCGGGGCAUCCAAGGCCUCACGAUCGACACCUCUGUUGCGGGUUUGAAUGAUAGCAUCAGGCGGAUUUCUUCAAUAUCUAACCCAACAGUGCGUAACGAGGUCAUGCAUGCUUACUCGCGGUCUAUCAGCACAAUUUGGUUGAUCAGCACGCCGCUAUCUGCAUUCGGUCUCUUUCUAGCUCUCUUUAUUCGUAACUACACGCUCGAGCGCACCAUCGUACGCGGUGGCGAAAAGAAGCUAGGAGAUACUGAGAAGGCGGCUGAGCAAGCAAAAGUCGCAGAAGACAGACAAGUUAUGGAGUUGGAGACUUAAGAACACGAAAAGAGGCGAACCUCUUUUAAUUAUACUCUCAAAUCAACAGACUCGACAGAUGAUACUAGCAAGCACAAGACGGAAGCAUAGAAUGGGAAAGUAUUAUUUCCCGGUAUCUCGG